CUACUGCUAGUCCCUUGGGUCAUAUAUACAGAAAACUUCUCUGUAGACCUGUAGAGCGACGAGAAGGGUGUGAAGAUCGAGCAACAUCAAAAAUCUGCCAAUCGUCAACCUUACAGCUUAACUCAGCGUUUACAAGCCACGUUUGUGUGCGCGCUUCAAGACAGCUAGCUGAAGUUUAAAAAACAGUCAGCAAUAUGAGCGAGACUACCGAGGUGUCAAGCUCUAAGACGUCUCGAAAGGAGRCUUCGUAUGGUGGACCUUCGUCGGGAUCAGGCUCAUUUUAUAAGUCUAUCAAGUCGUACUCGAGCAGAGGAGGAGGUCAUGGCCAUGGAGAAAUUUCUCUUCAACAAAUUUCCGAGGCCAAAGAAGUGUUUGGAGACAUGGAAGAAGCUUGCAAGAAAUUCAAGUUUCAGAUCGAAGAGCUCAACAAACAACACAGGAUUGAGAUCAAAAAGCUUCAAAUGGAGAUUGACAAUCUCAAACGGCAAAAACUUGCAGUGGAGGAACAGCUAAUGAAUUGCAAGGGUGACAACCGUAAGCUAACCGACGAGCUAACAUUGAUCCGACGCAGGCUUAUGGAUAAAGAAACAGAGAACGAAAUGCUGAAACGYGAGUUGAGCAAAAAAGACCACGAAAUUUCCAUUCUCCGUGCCGACAAGAUCGAUCUUCAGAAGCGAAUCGAAAGCAUGAGCCAAGAAAUGGUCAUCAGCUCUGAUGUAACACAUAUUGUAGAGUCUGCACCAGAGGAUGAUCUUUUCAUAGCUCAACAAGAGAUCAGCACGUAUGAAACCACCAUCAAGAGCUCUAUGGAUGAAAGAGAUGCUCUACGUGACGAGAUUGCUGUUUUACAAGCCAAGCUUUCCAGAGUUCAAGGAGACUACGACAAAGCCGUCAGAGAUCUUGAAGCAUCMAAGAGGGACUGCGACCUGAAGGUGCGUAAGUACGAGGCUUCUUUGAUCAACUCCCAGAAACAACGAGAUGAUCUUAAAGACAAGUUGGAGAGGUUGCGAGACGAACUGAAGCGAACUAAGGAAACCAUUGCCGGACACGCUGCUGACGCCUUGAACAACAAAAAGGUGGCUGACCGACUCCGCGAUGAGACUGCAUUUAAAGACAAGCAGAUUAGAGCCCUGGAGAAGAAAAAUUCAGAUCUGGAAGAUCGUCUUGAGAAAGCCCGGCAAGAACUCUCUCAAGCCGAACUUAAGGCYGAACUGGAAAGUAAACAGAGGCAGAAUGUCGAGCGUGAUCUCCGCGAGUCCCAGAAGAAGAUAUCUGAAUUAGAAGCUUCUAUCGAUAGCUUGAGAGUGGAAAAUGGMGAUCUUCAGCGCGAGCUGUCUAUAACCAUCAAGAAAUUAUCCGCAACUGAGGAUGAGCUUUCAAGAGCAACUGGCAGGCUGAAACAACUUGAAAACGAAGUUUCGCGUUAUCGAUCCCGUGUCCGAGAGCUGGAGUCAGAAAUCGAAAGAAUCUCGUCUGCACAUACUGAGCUUCAAUCGACUUACGAAUCGUCCGUUUCAGAAGUGGAUGGACUUCGCCUGAGGCUUGGUGGGCACUCUGGGAAAAUCAGCGACCUGGAAUCACUUUACGAGGUAACGGCUAAAGAGAGAGACGAAUUGAAGACGAAYUUAGCACCUUUGGAGAAGAGAAUCCAGGACUUGAAGGUGGCACUAGAGAGAAGUGAGAACUCCAGAGAUGAUUUAGAACGACAGGUUGAUGCCUUAAGAAGCAAAAAUGCCAACCUUGAAGCACAACUGGAUGCUGCUCAAAAAGCUAAACUSCAACUGAAGGCAGAUUUGGAUUCGGAAAAGGACAGGGUGGCCCAGCUUAGAAAACAAAUCGCCGCAUUGAAGACCGAACUUAAUGAUAUGCAACGAAAUCUAGAGAAAUACAAGAACGACAACAACCGCAAGCAGAAAACCAUUGACGACAUGAAGAACACAAUCAGACAAUUGGAAGACAAAAUCAACGUCCUUGAGAAUAACGUCGGAGAACUCAACACCCAAAACGACAUCUUAGAGGAACAAGCAAAGGAGAUGCAGGCCGACCUGAAUGAAGCAAACAAGAGAGCAGCAAUGGUUGAAGACGAAAACUCACAAUUGGAAGCUGAAAUUGAGCGCCUUAACCGCGAACUGCAAAAUAAGGAUCAACGUAUUUCAGAGCUCGAAUCCGCCUACGACAGCUCAGAAAAAGAGAAGCGAGACCUUGAACAGCAAGUACUAGCUCUUACCCAGAAAGUAGCUCGAWUGGACAAGGAGCUUCAAGACGCUUUGAAUAACAACACUGUACUGGCCGAAGACGCAAAAAAUCACAAAGCCAUUGUCGACAAAAUGCAAGACGAGAUCGACCGCUUAAAGAACGCUGUCAAGGACGCACAACGUCUUGCUGAUGAAGCCCAGAAAGAUGCCUUUGAGAAAGAUGCAACCAUAGAAGCAUUGAAAAGCCAACUUUCAAAACUCGACAAAGAAGUAGAUGAGCUGAAAGCUGACCUUGUGCACACAAAAUCAUUGUUGCAGUCAAGCGAAGACGAAAAGCAUAAGUUGCUAAUACAACUUAAAGCCAAGGAAGAGGAAAUCAAUCGUCUAGUGACUGAGAUCGAGAAACACCAGCAGCAUAACUCUGUCCUUCAAAAUGAAUGCCUUAUAGUUCAAGACAAGGCUGACAGUGUCCAAACGAGCUAUCAAGAUUUUAUGGAUUCAGCUAAUGAUUCAGCUGCACUCCUGGACACCGAAAGAGAGAAGGUAGCACAACUUGAAAAAGAGCUUCUUAAUCUCAAAAACAAAGUGCGAGUUUUGGAGGACCGCGAUACGACCAAGCAGAAGGAGAUCGACAGACUAAAGGCUGAACUUGAAGCUUCUGACGAAACGGUCGCUGACCUAAGGAAGGAGGUUCAAAGACUGGAGGGUGAAAAAGACGACAUCAACAGGGACCUUUUAGUAGCCCGAAGUAAGGUUAGCGAGCUUGAGAGUGACCUUGACAAUGCUCAACAGGACAGAAAGAAGGCUGAGGACGACCUGUAUGACCUGCAAGGAAAGAUUGGUAAACUCGAGACUCAAAUUGAGACUUUGAGAAAGCAAAAUCAACAACUGAAAGACCAGCUCAAAGAGGCUAACGGAAAGUUAGUUCCUGCCAAAGAAAAAAUUGCAGCUCUCGAAGCUUCCAACUCGCAACAGAAAAAGAUGAACGAUGGAUUAAAUCAAAUCAUCGCCAAGAAAGAUAAAGUCAUCAAAGACCUAAAUGACAAAAUCAAGAAAUUACAGAAAGAGUUGGAAGAUGCAAAACGUGAUGUCUUAGCUGCCAACGUAAGUGCAGACACCGCUAGAGAAGAAAAGAAAGAACUGGAACGCAAGAACAAAGCCUUGCUCGCACGUAUUGAGCAGCUCGAAAAAGAACUCAAAGAAAUGAAGGAACAAAGAAAUGCGCUCGAAAGUGAUCUUAGCAGUAAGAACCACCGACUUGCCAUUCUAGAGGGACAGCUGGAAAGCAUCAAGAAGGAGCGCGAUAAUCUCAGAAUAGAAAGAGACGACCUGAAAACAGCAUAUAGAAAGUUGAAAGAAGAUAAUCUUGCUCUCUUGAGCGAUCUGAAGCAAAGGGAGAGAGAAUUAGAGUUGAAGACUAAAGAGCUUGUUGACAAAGAUGCAAUAAUUGAAAGGCUAAAGAACGCCAAAGCUGCUGUUGAUGCUGAAUUGGCACGAGUUAAGAAAGAGCUCAUGGAAACAAAGAACCAACUGGAAUCAACUUUGAACAAGUUGAGAACAUUAGAAGAAACGUAUAAGAACACCAAUGUAAAUCUUAGCAAGCUGGAAGUUACAAUUGGUAAUUUGAACAAGGAGCGAGAGGAAAGAGAUCGCGCAGGCACUACCCACGACACUCGCUACUAUGAGAUUGAAACCCUCUACAAGGCUAGCCAGGACCGCGAAAACAGAUUCAAACAAGAAUUGCUGUCUUACAAAAAUCGCUUCGAAAAGUUGGAAAACGACUAUCGCAAUCUGCAACAGGAGAACGUCGAUCUCCGAGCAACAGUGAACUCCUUGAACAAGAAAAUACGCGACCUCGAAGCGUUAAGAGACCGCCUGCAGAAAGAAAAGCAGAGUCUGCAGACCGAACUAGUCGCUGUCAAUAAUGAGCUAGCUGAUAAAGAAAUCGAGUGGGAUAAUGCACUGAAAGAAAACGAAUCUCUGAAAAAGCAGCUUGAAGAUGCAAAAGAACGUUACAACAAAGCAUGUAACGAGAUCCUUGACCUCCAGCAGAAGAACGUGGAAUUAAAUUUGGAAGUUGAAAAUCUGGAGCGAGAAUCCACAGAGAAAGACAACACCAUCAACAGCCUUAUGGCCAGUAAGGAGUACAUCGAAGGACAACUCGACAGCCUCAAAAAGCAGCUGGCGGCCAUGAAAGAAGAAAACGAUAAUCUCAGAGAAGAUAACGCCAGAGCUCAGCAGGAAAUGCUUGACUUGACCAAUAAAAUCAACGAGCUAGAAAAUCUUCUUGCUAGAGUGACUAGUGAAAGAGAUCGUGUCUUGGAAGACCUCAGAACAAAUGCCAACAAAAUCUCAAUCCUGGAGCAGCAGAUCCGCGACAUUACAAAUGAAAAGGAGCAACUGAAUGACAAAAUCGAUGAACUGCGCAGACAACUGAAUACAUUAAGAGAAGAGAAGAAUCAAAUCGAACGCGAGUAUAAUGGUCUGAAGAGUAAGAUAGAUUAUUUCACCAAAGAGAUUGACACAAGAGAUAAAACCAUCGAGGAGCUAAAGAACAGAAUCGAAGAGUUGGAACGACAAAACGACUCAUUGAAAAAGAACAUGCGAAGUCUUGAAGCAGACUACGAAACAGCCCAACAAAAGAUUAAAGAUCUCGAGAAGUCCUUAUCAUCUAUGACAGACCGUUUGACCAUCAUCGAGAAUUCAGGCGAGGGACAUCGUGACAAGGCAAGACGACUUGAAGAAGAAAAUGUCAGUCUCAAAAGACGGGUCACGGAGCUGGACAUAGCAGCAAAGAUCAAAAACGAAAACGAGUUAGACCUCCAGAAGAAGUUAAGUCAAGCAUCGGAACAGAUCAUAAAUCUUGAAAAUAGACAGCCACUGGAAUCUGGCAUUACGAUGGAGAGCAUGGAGUUAGUAGAGUCUGCACCAGACUGGGAAUCAGCAGAAUUACGAAGUGAACUCGAAGGACUCAAAACAAAAUACUCCAAACUAGAAAGAACGAACAUAAACUUACAGGACACCAAUAACAAGCUUCAAGCAGACAUCCAAAGCAGGGACAAGAGGAUUAAAGAUCUUGAGGACGAGAUAAUGGAUCUGCAGCGAACAAUCACAGAUCUCAAAACMAAAUUGUCUUCCAUGGGUGACCAGACUGAUGCUCCUGGAAUWAUUGCUUCACUAAGAGCUCAGAAGAACAACCUAGAACGUGAUAACAACAUGCUCAUCCAAGAACUAAACGCUUUACGUCAGCAACUAGCCGACUCCAAAAARCGUAGAGAGGAGCUCGARAGCGAAAACUACAAAUUAAAGAGAGAUUUAGGUGACGUCACUUUGAAGUUGCAAAUGAUGACUGGCGAGAAUGAGAAUCUCAAUGCCGAACUUAUAAACGCACAGAAGAAGUAUGCAAGUCUGCAAGAAGAUUACAACAAGGCCCAGCAAGAUAUGGCCAGACUACGUGGAGAUGUUGAAGAGACCCGCGCACAGCUUGCAAGAGCUAAAGAAGAUAUGUUUGAGGCACAGAGAGCUGCAAGCGAAUUGUCUAUGCAAGUAGAUACGCUAAACAGAGAGCUUGCUGAAAAAGAAGAUCAAAUUCUUUGGCAUGAAAACAACGAAAAGCAGCUGGAGAACGAGAUAGAUGCUUUGAGACAGAAAAAUGCACGUCUCCAAGAAAGAGUUGACGAAUAUGCCGAUCAAAUCGCUAACCUGAAUCGCACAAUCCACGACAAGGAUGCAAAGAUCACCGAACUGGAACACUUCCUGAAUCUCGCAAGAGAUGAGAAUGACCGUCUCAGGAAAGAACUGGCUACCGCUAAUGCAAAUGCAACUGAUUUCAAGAACAAAUACUUGAAUGCGCUGAAAGACGUCGAAAGACUUCAAAGUGAAAUUACAGCCAAAAACCAAAAGAUCUUUCACUUGGAGAAUCGCAUCAAGGUCCUUGAAGCCGACAAGAACCGUCUGAAGAUGGAAAUCAAUACUCUAAAGAAAACCAUUUCACAACUGCGUAUUGAAAUCGAAACUCACCGCCAAGAGAAAAACAAGAUCGCAAAUGACUUGGUAAUCGUGCAACAAGCAAACGAUGUUCAAUCCGCUCCAGCAUCGGCGCUUUUCUCGACAGAGAUCAACAUCACAGAUAACAAACGAUACAAGGAUCUUGAUGCUGCUUACAAGAAGCUGAAGGCAGACAAGAGUAUCCUGGAUAAUGAUUUGGUAUCAUUGCGUGCUAAGUUAAGCCGAGCUGAGGGAGACCUUUCCAGCGUCACUCGUGAUAAGAACAUCUUGGAAGGUCAGUCUGCAUGGAAAGACAAGAGGCUCAGAGAAAUGGAGGAUCUUUUGAAUGAAUACCAGACCAAGAAUAGAAUUGAUCCCAAUGAUGCAUUGGCAUGGAAGAAAAGGAAUGCUGAACUAGAACAAGAAAUCCACAAUCUCAAAAACAAAGUUACCCGACUGGAGACUUAUAAUGAGACGUACGACAAGAAAAUCAAAGAUCUCUGCGAUGAACUAGUAAACGCAAGACACAAGAUUGCUCAAGUUGAAGCUCAAAAUGAGGAGGCUCAACAAACCAUCGAACAACAACAAAAAGAGCUUUUGGAUGCGUACAAAAAGAUCGCAGACUUGGAGGCAGCAUUACAAAGUGCACAAAACGCCAAAGGUGAACUUCAGCGUGACAAGCAGAGCCUACAAAACAGGAUUCACACUCUUGAAGAUGAGCUUCAAAAUGAAGCCAAGACCCAAGCUCAGCUUCGCGGAGUACAUGACCAAACUAAGGCAAGAAACGAGGAACUGAAAGCGGACGUUGCCAAGCUUCAGAAGAAAUGCCGUGAACUGCAACAAGCCCUCGACAGCCAAGUUGCUGAGCAUGCUGAAAGGAAAUUCACUGUUGAUCGCUUGGAAGAGGAGCUCAGGAAUUCUGCUGCAGAUAACGACGCGUUGAGGAAAGAAAUCGCAAUGCUAAGGCAAGAGCUUGAAGACAUAAGGAGYGAAAGACGCGACUUCCAGAGUGAGUUAACAAGAAUUGAGCCAAUCAUGGCUGGUUUAGAAAGCAGGCUGCAGGCAACCCUGGARGAGAACUCGAGAUUGAAGGUACAGAUCGAAUCACUUCAGAAGCAACUUCAAGAAGUGCGCAGCAAGUAUGAGAGAAUCGAGACAGAAACGACCAUCAUCCGCGAUGCAGGAGGUCAACUGGAGUCUGGAGCUGGAGACCUAUUUGCGGCACCAGGUGACGAUGUUGAUGGUCUACGUGCAGAAAAAGAUCGCCUUGCAUCUGAUGCCACAUCUUGGCAGAACAAGUAUAACACCCUUCAGAAAGACUUUGAGGGCAUUAGUCUGGAGAAACAGAAACUAGAGGACAGACUUGCCAGUAUGCAGAAGACUAUUAACCACCUCGAGAACACCAACCAAGGUCUUGUGAACGAUAAGAACAAACUGUUCCAUGACUUGGAAGCGGCAAAGAGGAAGUGUCAAGACCUUCAAAACGAUCUUGAGAAUUGUAGAGUUGGAAAAGAGGCCUUGCAAGCUGAAAGCGACGGUUUCCAGAAGCGUAUUGCUGAACUMGAGGCAGAAUACGAGAUCAGAACAAAGAGUUCCAUCGAGGACUACGACGACUCCACGUCCUACACUGUUCUCCAAGCGGCAUACAAACGCGCCCAAGAACGCGAGAAUGAAAUCACAGCUGAACUGCUUGACGCCCACAAAAUGAUAGCAAGGCUGGAUAAUGAGAACAAAAACCUGAGAGAGCAAAUAGCCACCAUCAACGUGACAACACAGAAUAUUAAUCUGAAACUGGAGUGCUGUAGAGAUGAAAUCCUUGCCUACCARAAAAGAAUAUCUGAAAUGGAAGAGAAAUGUGACCUUACUCGUGAAAGAAAUGAAGAGCUGGAGGAUGAAUUGACAGUUCUUCAACACCGCAUUAGCGAAGUAGACAGUGACAACAAGUUCAACCAACAAGGAAAAGCAGAAUGCCACGUGGAAAACACUAAACUACAGAACAAAUUGACCCGUAUGGAAACAGCUCUUGAUGACUGCAACCGAGACAARGAAAGCCAACGCAUCCAAAUUAACAACAUGAGAAGCAAGUAUGACAUGCAGAUCGAAGAUCUGACAACACAACUGAAGGACRUCAUGAGUCAGCGCGAAAGCCUUCGCUACCAGGUCGACAACCUACAAAGACAGAUAGCUAUGAGYAGCAUCACCGCGACCACCGUCAGCUCCCAAAUGAGUUCCCCUGGAAACAUCUCCAUUGUCCGAAAAUACACAAGCAGUGGUGGCCAAUCAUCCGGUUCGUCCGUCACAAGAACAUCUAGACCAGCCACCAGCGGGGGAGUAAGCCAAUCAACAGAGAAAUCUAUUCAAGACAUCUUUGGUGGAGAUAGCCCAAGGGGGGAGUCUACUGGUCUGGAGUUUGACGAUGAUGACGACAGUGAACCAGAAGUCACCACAAAGAGAGUAGUCGUCAAAUCCUCAAAGUCGAGCAAAUCGUAAAUCGACUUUGAAGGGAAAAGAAAGAACGGUCCAAUGACAUUUCAUCUUUCAGGCUCUGCCAGGGGGGCAGUUAGAUACCUAUUUUUCUCUAACGAYACUAUAAUUCAUUUUUAAUCAACCCAUGUGUCUUCACAGACAUCUAAAAAACAGAAUAAUACCUUGAGAGUUAACCAAACCCUUGGAAGGGCCUGAUAUUUCCUAGUUAUUUUUUUUAAAUGCACUUAGAAUACAAAAAUAAAACAAGUAAACUAGAAUAUUUUUGGCAUUUCAGGUUAAAAAAACCUAGAUUUAGAAUAGAUCGACAGGUACUCUCUGCCACUGUGAUUCAAGGUAACAUCGACAGCACGAAUCACAGUCAAUUAAAUAACUAAUUCUAAUGUAAUUCAAGUACAAUUUGCGUGAGCGAAGUAAUAAUAAUAAUAACAAUAGUAUAUCGAUAAUGUCAAACAAAUCCAGUUUUUCGAUUUUUUUAAAAUUUAGUUAAGCACCUUUUUUAUUUAUAGAAUUGUGACACCRAGUGUUAACAGCACCUCAAGAAGUUAAUUGUUUUUGUUAGCAUCAUUUAAGAAAAAAAAACGCUACUCGAAAGCGCGAAUUAAGCAACACAAACAUAAAUUUGGCGCAUCCAGUUAUCGUUUGAAGCGAAUACCUUAUUUUCGCUCAUGCUACGAUCUGAACAACUACAAACUACUUUGAUAGGGAAUCUCGGAAUCAAAUGGUUUUGCAAAUGAGCGAAAAUAAGGUAUUUUGGAAAUAACGAUGAUUGACGAAAAAGAGGUGUUUCCAAAACCGCAAGAUCUAAAAUGUAAUUGUCCAAGGUAUGUCAUGUUUUAGGAGUGACGUUUUUUAAGCAAGUUAAUGGUUUAUUGCAGUGUACGAUUAAAUAUGGUGUUUCUCUAAAUAAGAAGCCAAGGGACUAGGUAACUUUAGACAGAGGACACAUAGUUUAUUGUAGACCAUGGCAAUGUUAGCGUUAUUCCCAUUAAAGAACUGUGUCUUAAAAACU